AUGGCGCUCAGUCGAGCUGCUGGAUGGUACAGCAAGGUCGCUGACUUCGAUCUUGCCGACCUCUUCACCAAGAAACGCCAACCAGGCCCGCCCAGAAAGGUCUUCGUGAACGAGUCGCUACCGGAGGACUACUAUGACCAGAAGGGCAGGAUAAAGAAGGAGCACGUCUACGUAUCCAACCAGGUCAUAACUUCCAAGUACACCAUCAUCACCUUCCUCCCGCGAAACCUGCUCGAACAGUUCCGGCGUGUCGCCAAUGUCUUUUUCCUGGGCAUUAACAUCCUUCAAUUCUUCCCCAAGUUCUCCACGAUCAGCCCCGGGCUUGUCAUGCUCCCACUCAUCAUCGUUCUCCUCAUAACCGCCCUUAAGGACGGGUAUGAAGAUAUCAAGCGGCACCAAUCGGAUAAUCGCGUGAACCGCUCUCAAGUGCGAGUGCUGUAUGCGGAUGGAUGGGAGAACUCGAACGCGAUGGCGCCGAAAACGAAGACGUUCAUCCGGGGAGUCGUGCCAAAACGCCUUCGUCGUGCAGUCGUACGGGCGAAUCACAACCCCAGCCCCGACGAUGCCGAUGGACGCAAGGCUGCCGAGAAUCUACAUCAGGCGGCACCUCCCGAGGCAACGGGGGCACCAAGCAUGUUUGAUCCCGUCAACGAGGAUGCCUCGGAACGCGAGUACGACGACGACGAGAAUGAGCUCGUCACUGAACACGGUCUCUUCCAUCACGACCACGUCAAAAAGCCUCAUUGGAAGAACACCGCUUGGGAAGACGUCCGCGUCGGCGACAUUGUGAAAAUCAUGAACGACGAGCCGAUCCCUGCCGACGUUCUGAUCUGCGCCACAUCGGAGGAUGAGAACGUUGCCUACGUCGAGACGAAGAACCUGGACGGAGAGACGAACCUCAAGUCACGGAAUGCUGUACCCUCUCUGACGCACAUGCGAACCGCGGCAGCUUGCGUCGACGCUAAGACUAAUCACUUCCACGUUGAAUGCGAUCGACCUGAUGUCAACAUGUACAAGUUCAACGCGGCGGUUGUCCAAGGAGAAGAAAAGUCGCCUGUGGAACUACAGAUGACGCUGCUCCGUGGAACAGUUCUGCGCAAUACUGCCUGGGUCAUCGGCGUUGUUCUCUUCACUGGUGAGGACACGAAGAUUGUACUGAACUCCGGCGGCACCCCCAGUAAGCGCAGUAAGGUCGAGCGUCUCAUGAAUCCUCAGGUGUUCAUCAACCUGUUGCUUCUUGCCAUCAUGGCUGUGGCCUGCGCUGUCGUCGACUCGGUGCUGGAGCUACAUUACUACCCGCUUAUGGCCCCCUGGCUCUUUGACGAUAAUCGGUCGGGCGACAAUCCGCAUAUCAACGGUUUGAUCACCUUCGCCUUUGCACUCAUCACAUUCCAGAACAUCAUUCCUAUAUCGCUUUACAUCUCCAUAGAAGGCGUGCGUACGGUCCAGGCCGCAUUCAUCUAUUUCGACAAGGAGAUAUGGUAUGAGAAGACUGAUCGCGCUACGCUCGCUCGCAGCUGGAACCUCUCCGAUGACCUGGGACAGAUCGAAUACAUCUUCUCGGACAAGACGGGCACGCUGACGCAGAACUCCAUGCUUUUCCGCCAGUGCUCGAUUGGUGGCCGGGCUUACCGCGGCGACCCUGAGAAUGAGGAACCGGCCGCAGUUCCCGUGAAACCGGACCCUACAAAGCUGUCCGAUGCGGAGAGUGAUUCGGUUCCCUCUGGAUCUACGAGAGUACCGUCGGACAAUCCGACGCCUAACCCCGCCUCUUCAGAGGUGAAGCUUUCCGCCGGCGUUCUGCGACACUUCAAGGACUCCCACCUCUCGAGUGAUAUCGAGAAGGCCCGUGACGGCGACCACGAGGACCUCCAGUUCUCUCGUUCACUGAACGGUUUCUUCUCUGUCCUCGCUCUCUGUCACACCGUCCUCGCCGCGAUAGACCCCCACACACACUCCAUUGAAUACAAGGCUCAAUCGCCCGACGAGGCCGCGCUCGUACAAGCCGCUGCCGACAUGGGAUUUGUUUUCCGUGGGCGUGACAGGGAGAUACUCAUGCUCAAAACCCCGUUCUCGGACGAGGUGGAACGUUACGAAUUAUUGAACAUCCUCGAGUUCACGAGUGCGCGCAAACGCAUGAGCAUCGUCGUGCGAAAGUUGGACGACCAGGACGGCAGGCUCUUCUUGCUCAGCAAGGGCGCGGACAACAUAAUAUUCGAAAGGCUCAAGCCUGGUGAGAACGAGGAGUUGAAGAAAACUACGGAGAAUCACCUCGACGAGUUUGCCAACGAAGGCCUGCGGACAUUAACCUUGGCUUACAAGGUCAUUCCAGAGGAGUACUACGACGAGUGGAGUGUCCGCUACCACGAAGCCACUGUUUCUCUCGACGAUCGUGAGGCCAAGAUUGAAGCUGUAUCUUCCGAAAUCGAGCAGGAUCUUCGACUACUUGGAGCCACUGCUAUUGAAGAUCGUCUUCAGGACGGUGUCCCAGAAUGCAUUGCCGACUUGAAGCGUGCCGGCAUCAAGAUUUGGGUUGCCACGGGCGACAAACUAGAAACUGCCAUUGCUAUCGGGCACAGUACUAACCUCAUUGGUCGCGACUCCAACAUAAUCAUUGUUAGAGGCAAUUCGGAGACCGGGAAACCGGUGCACGAACAAAUGGUCGCGGCGAUAGAGGAAUUCUUCCCGGAGAGCGAGGCCAUGCAAGACGAGCACGUUCUGACUGUGAAGCAGCAGCAUUUAUCUGGCGAUGGACUGAGGCUCGCAAGGGUUAACACAGGCAUGUCCUCGGUCGUGGGGCAAGACAACGGCAACCGGCCUGGGGGUUUCGUCUUGGUUGUGGACGGCGCGGCAUUGACACAGGCCUUCUCUACCGAAGAGAACAAGCACAUUUUGCUGAAAUUGGCCAUGAUGUGUGAGGGUGUUAUCUGCUGCCGCGUAUCACCUUUGCAGAAAGCUUUGGUCGUCAAGCUGGUCAAAGACGGUGUGGGCGCCAUGACUUUGGCUAUUGGCGACGGCGCCAACGAUGUUAGCAUGAUCCAGGCUGCUCAUGUAGGAGUGGGCAUAUCUGGCGAGGAAGGACUGCAAGCUGUCAACUCUUCGGACUAUGCCAUCGCUCAGUUCCGCUUCCUUCGACGCCUUCUACUAGUUCAUGGCCACUGGUCGUAUGCACGCAACGGCACUAUGAUUGUCAACUUCUUCUACAAGAAUGUUGUGUGUAUCGGCGUUCUUUGGUGGUUCCAGAUUUACAACGGUUGGAGUGCUUCCUACGUAAUGGAAUACACGUACCUUCUUUUCUGGAACUCGUUCUGGACAAUCGCGCCGGUUAUUGGCCUGGGCCUGUUCGAUCGGUUCCUCGACGACGACGUGCUCAUCGCUUUACCCGAGCUGUAUAAAUUCGGACGGGAAGGUACCUGGUUUGGCACGAAAUUAUUCUUGAUCUAUAUCGCAGACGCCAUUUACCAAUCUGUUGUCAUCUUUUUCUUCAUUCUGUAUGCCUACAAGCAACCGACCGCGCGCCCAGAUGGUUACGACGUUUAUCUGUAUGAAUUCUCCACCACUAUGGUUAUAUCUGCCGUCGCCGCUGCCGAUUUGUUCGUCGGUUUGAACACCUUCGCCUGGACGGGGUGGGUCUUCUUCGCCGUCUUCAUCGGUAUCUUACUGGUUUGGGUCUACACUGCUGUGUAUUCGGUGAUCUCUCCUGGCUGGUUCUACACUCCAGUCUACGGAAACGACCACUUCCUCUUCACCUCGGCCUAUUUCUGGUUCGGCGUGAUCUUGACACUCUUCCUUGCCAUGCUCCCGCGAUACCUUUUCAAGGCAUACAAGGCUGUUUAUGACCCCACCGACCUCGAUAUCAUGCGAUACAAUCGCAAAUACGAGUCUGCGGCACAGAUCAAGAAAGAAGCGCACCAGGAAGUUCAUCCUCUACAAAAUCUGCGCAGGAAUUCGUAUCAUUCGAGCGUCAACGGGCCUUCUCCAAUAAGACCCUCAGUGGAUGCUCGCCUUGGCAGUCGGACCGACAUGUCGACGGGCAUGCGAUCCGUACAUCGCGGCUUCGACUUCGCCACCGAGGAGGACGGAGUCGCAAUGCGCCGUAUUCAGACUAAUCUGUCCGAGCGGCGGCAAAGCAAUCUCAAUCUGCCUGCCACCCAACGGCGGAAAAAGAAAGGGCCUCUACUUUCUAUGCGCAGGACAAUACGCAGGAAACGAGAGGACAUGCAAGAUUAG